CUCCUUUACAGCUAUAUGAACAUCAACUGUCUCCUCUGAUUUGAGCAGUACCUCUAAGAUACAAGAAACAUGUUUUACAGCAUCCCAGGAUAUGAGGGAAUUGCGGCUGGCGGAGGUGGUGCGUAUCUUCCUCCUCCAAUGCCCUCUGUGUUGAUGCCUGUGCCUGAUCACGCUACCAGCCAUCCAGAGUGGCAGAACAACAUUCCUUCCAUCUCGGAGGGAAGAGCUCGUCAAGCUUUUGAAGAGUACGUCUCCAGCAAGUGCUGCUAUAGUUCUGCCCCGGUCAGAGAUGGAAUCAUAACUAACAUGGAGUCCUUUAAUACCUACAGGUAUCGUUUGGAGACAUUCACAGAGUCCAGAUCUACUAAAUGGGGUCAGGAGCCUUACACAGGACAGCGUGUGGAUGCCGGUAUUCAGCGUCCUCCAGGACCGUGGGAGAUCGCAGCUCAGCCUCCGUCCUAUUUUAUUGAUCACAAGGAGACCAUUAGAGUGCCAUACACUUCCUCAAUCAAGAAAUGUGACCCAUGCAGCGGAAUGGGAAAAAACUCUUGUUCUUCCUGCACUGGUACUGGAAGCAAAGUGUGCUCUGGAUGUAACGGUUCUGGUAAACUUCCUGAUAACGAGUCCUGCAAUAAAUGUGACUAUAGUGGACACCAAAAAUGUAGUUCAUGUAGCGGCAGCGGCUUUCACAAGUGUGACACCUGUGACGGAAGGGGACAGUUGCUCAUCUUCAUCAACCUCAAAGUUAAAUGGAGCACUGAGAAGGAUGAUUACGUAGCGCAGGAUUCAAGUGGACUGAGACCAGAAAAGCUGGGGAAGGUUUCAGGAAAAGAACUCUUCAAGGAUGCCCAGAUUAUGGUCUAUCCAGUGAUGGGUUUUCCUGAUGUUUCUGUUGCACAAGCGUCUGAGCGUGUCAUUAGAGACCAUCAGGUGAAAUAUACCAAGAACUCCCACAUAUUACAACAGAGGCAGACAAUUGAGCUCAUUACCAUAACGAGAGUGAACUACAUGUGGAAAGAAAAGUCUUAUGUUUAUUACGUGUAUGGAAAUGAGUUAAAAGUGAACGCUGAUGACUAUCCCGCCACCUGCUGCUGUUCUGUGAUGUAACUUUAUAU